AUGCGCACGGGGGCGCGUUGGUUCAAGCUGCGUAGGAUGCCAAUGCAGAUGGAAGAUAUCCUCAUCUAUGGCGCGCUGGUGUCCUUUGCAAUCACGACGGCGCUCUACCUUGCUACCAUUCCUACCUUUUUCAAUGUCGAGGCUAUCCAAGAGGGCCGUAUGCAACCAUAUGCCAGCCUUGAAAAUGAUCUUGUCUUGAUGCUACAUGAGUUUUUUGUUGUCCAGUUUUUCUUCUGGCUAACGCUGUGGAUGGUCAAGUGGAGUCUAAUGUGUAUGUUCAAGAAACUCACAGACGGGCUGCCCCUCUACAACAAAAUCUGGUGGGGGGUUCUUGUGUUCUCGAUUCUUACCUUCAUCGGGUGCUGUAUCAGUAACUUUACGAGCUGCUCUUCCAUGCAUGCCUGGUUUACGGCAGGAGAGUGUACGACACCUCGAGAUGCGCGAGCUAAAAACAUUAGUUUGUGGUUUAGUCUUUCGGUGGACCUGGCUACUGACCUUCUAAUUAUGGCCGUUCCUAUGCGCGUACUCUGGGGACUUCAAAUGUCGUUUGUGGAAAAGAUUAGUAUCGGUGUCGUCUUCGCAGUUGGCCUGAUAACCAUGGUUACCGCUAUCAUACGAAGCGUCACUUUGGAGUCAAGCUCGACUUCUGGCCAAGUCAGUACAACAUGGCUCAUAAUGUGGGCUGCCAUAGAGGGAGCUAUUGCAAUGAUUGUGGGAUGCCUCCCAUCUUUUGCGGUCUUCAUUCAUGGUCGAGUGGCGGCUUCCCGGGCUCAAUACGAAAGCGGCUCUAAUAAAAACCCUGCCAGCCCGAGAAUGAAGUCUCGCGGAACUGCUGGCAGCAAUCGUUUGUGGCAGUUUCACGAUACAGCAAGCGAUAAAAGCCUGGUAGGGGGUGGCAUUCCUAUUACACAAUCAGGGCGGCAGAGCUGGCAUAACACAACGGGGCAGAAAGCCGAAAGAUUAGAGGGAUUAGAAACGGAUCAUGAACUAGAAAUAGUUGGCGGAAAUAACGGCAAUGGAAAAUAA